CUGAGCACGAGGGAGCCUUACAGCAGGGUCACACGCGUUCCUCCAAGGAUUUAUUACCUGCAAACGUCAAAGGCAGUGGUCAGUUAUCACCAAGCGUUGACACAGAGGAGCUGAGCAAAGUGCAGCGGCGAUUGUGAGUAGAGAAGUUUCUGAAGACAAAGAACCCACAGGGAGAUCAGGAUGUGGAAGUCCAAAAUCGCAGACCAGACUGCGGCAGGGCAGGUGGUAGUCAAAAAGCAAUCCAAAGUUCCUGGGGUGAUGAUCACUCAGUUUGUGGAAGAACUCCCUGAUGGCAAAUCCACUCCAGACUUCCAGCGCAAACCGAUUGCUUUGACUAUUCAAGAGGGUAAAGCAGCCAUGUUCAGAGCCAUGGUGAGCGGAGAGCCCAAACCAGAGGUCACCUGGAAAAGAGCCAAAGGAGAAAUGAUCGAUGAACAUAAAUUCUGUUCAAGAUAUGAUGAAAAUGCUGGAGAAUACAUUUUAGAGAUCGCUUGUGUGUCCGGAGAUGAAGGCGAUAUCUACAAAUGUUUUGCUGUUAAUGAGUUUGGAAGGGCUAUCUGCACUGCUGCCCUGAAUGUUAUAGAAGUUGGAUUCAAGAGGGACAAGGAAAUAGAAGGACCAGGUCUCACAGCUGACCCGGCAGAGUUCAGAAAAAUGCUCAGAAAAAGUUCCGGACGGGAGCCAGUGGAAAAAGAAAAGAAAGAAGGAGAGAUAGAUGACAAGUUCUGGGACCUCUUGCUGAGCUCAGAAAAGAAGGACUAUGAGCGCUUGUGUGCUGAGUAUGGAGUGACAGAUUUCCGCUGGAUGUUGAAGAAGCUGAACCUGCUGAAGAAGGAGAGGGAGGAGGAGCAAUCCUUGUACCUUAAUGCCAUCAGUAACCUGAGACACAUUGAAAUUAAAGGAGAUGGUUCUGCUUCAUUUGAAAUUGUCCUGGAUCUCAAAGACCCAAACAGUAGGAUUUUCCUCUAUAAGGAUGGUGUAAUGGUACAAUACAGCAGAGACAUGGAGAUGAAGCACCAGCUAAAAACAGUUGGGAAGAAAUUGGUUUUCACAGUCAAAGACCUGCUUCCUGAAGAUGCCGGGCUUUACCAGUUGGAUGUUGAGGAGGUCAAUGUCCUAACCACUGAAUUCAGAAUUCCCCAUGUUGACUUCAUCGUCAAAAUUCAGGAGGUCAAAGCCAAGGAGAGAGAGGACGCCAUCUUUGAGUGUGUCUUGUCACACCCGUUUUCCAAGAUACUGUGGAUGGGCAAGAAUAGUCAACUGGAGAAUGGGGAUAAGUUUGAAAUAACAGUAUCUGCAGACAAGCUCAUCCAUAGGCUUCGAGUUAAAGACUGCAAGCAAGUGGACAAGGGCAUCUAUUCCGCUAUGGCAGGAAUCAAAACCUGCAGUGCCUGGCUUACCGUAGAUGCUGACUCAGAGCCAGGGAAAAAGAAGGUCCGGAAGACCACCCAGGCAGGCGGGGCUGGCAUGGACCUGAAGAAGGUGGCCCAGGAGCAGCAGGCCAAGCUGCAAAAGGAGAAGGAGGAUAAGCAAGAAGCAAUGAAGAAGGAGAAGGAGGAAGCCAAGGAGGGCCCGGACGCUGGCACUGUCGAGAAUGGGCUGGAUGGCCAUUCUGGGUUGGAUUCAGGUCUGGGGAAAGACGGGUCAGGCCUGGAAAACAGGUUGGGGUUGGAUGACGGCCUGCAGAGGAAGAAAGGGUCAGGGAUAGGAGACACUGGAUUGUCCGGAGCGGUGCUGGCCGCAGAUAAAUUAGUAUCCACAGAUGAUGGCUUGGGAGGUGACAAGUCCAGAGGCAUCAAAGUAUCCACAGAUGAUGGCUUGGGAGGUGACAAGUCCAAAGGCAUCAUAGAACCAAAUGCAUUAAAUGGACGAACAGGGGAUGGAGGGCAUGCCGACCAUAAGGGGGGCGGACGCCUGUUCCCGGACAGGGUCCUGGAUCCUGGGGUUCAGUUUGUCAAAGGGCUGUCUGACCUGAAUGCCAAGGCGGGCCAACCAGCUGAGCUUGUCUGCAAGUUGAGCAAGGACAACUGCAAUGGAGAAUGGUUCAAAGAUGGGAAAAAGUUAUUACCCAGAGAUGGACUGAGCCUUUCCAAAGAUGGGGCCUCCCACAAAUUGAAGAUUGACAGUUGCCGGGCAGAUGAUACAGGAAAGUACUGCUUUGAUGCAGAAGGAUGCAAAACCGAAGCAAUGAUCACUGUGAAGAAUCAAGAUCCUGGGGCUCACUGCAUCAGUGGGCUGUCUAACAAGAAGGCAAAGGGCCAACCUGCUGAUCCCGGAGUUCAGUUCAUCAGUGAGCUGUCAGACAUGAAUGCCAAGGUGGGCCAACCAGCUGAGAUGGUCUGCAAGUUGAGUGAUGAAAACUGCAAUGGAGCAUGGUUCAAAGAUGGGGAUAAGUUACUACCAAGAGAUGGCCUGAGCCUUUCUAAAGAUGGGGCCUCUCACAAACUGAAGAUCGACAGUUGCCAGGCGGAUGAUACAGGAAAAUACUGUUUUGAAGCAGGAGGACGCAAAACUGAAGCAAUGAUAACUGUGGAAGAUCCUGGGGUUCAGUUCCUCAAAGGCCUGUCUGACAUGAAUGCCAAGGCGGGCCAACCAGCUGAGCUGGUCUGCAAGUUAAACAAUGAAAAGUGCAAUGGAACAUGGUUCAAAGAUGGGAAUAUGUUAUCGCCUAGAGAUGGACUGAGCCUUUCUAAAGAUGGGGCCUCUCACAAACUGAAGAUCGACAGUUGCCAGGCGGAUGAUACAGGAAAAUACUGCUUUGAAGCAGAAGGACGCAAAACUGAAGCAAUGAUCACUGUGGAAGAUCCUGGGGUUCAGUUCAUCAGCGGGCUGUCUGACACAAGUACUAAGGUGGGCCAACCGGCUGAGCUGGUCUGCAAGUUGAGCAAGGAAAACUGUAAUGGGGCAUGGUUCAAAGAUGGGAAAAGGUUAUUACCCAGAGAUGGACUGACCCUUUCUAAAGAUGGGGCCAGCCAAAAACUGAAGAUCGACAGUUGCCAGGCGGAUGAUACAGGAAAAUACAGAUUUGAAGCAGAACGACGCAAAACAGAAGCAAUGAUCAUCGUGGAAGAUCCUGGAGUUCAGUUCAUCAGAGGGCUGUCUGACACGAAUGCUAAGGAGGGCCAACCGGCUGAGCUGGUCUGCAAGUUAAGCAAUGAAAACUGCGAUGGUGCAUGGUUCAAAGAUGGGAAUAAGUUAUUACCCAGAGAUGGACUGACCCUUUCUAAAGAUGGGGCCUGCCACAAACUGAAGAUCGACAGUUGCCAGGAGGACGAUACAGGAAAAUACCGCUUUGAAGCCGAAGGACGCAAAACUGAAGCAAUGAUCAUUGUGGAAGGUCCUGAGGUUCAGUUCAUCAGCGGGCUGUCUGACAUGAAUGUCAAGGUUGGCCAACCAGCUGAGCUGGUCUGCAAGUUGAGCAAGGAAAACUGCAAUGGAGAAUGGUUCAAAGAUGGGAAAAAGUUAUUACCCAGAGAUGGACUGACACCUUCUAAAGAUGGGGCCUGCCACAAACUGAAGAUCGAUAACUGCUGUGCGGACGAUACAGGAAAAUACCGCUUUGACGCAGAAGGACGCAAAACCGAAGCAAUGAUCUUUGUGGAAGACCCACCAAGGUUUAACGAAGAUGCCUUGGCCGAAUUCUCCAAGCCCGUCAUUGUGAAGGCGGGGCAGAAUGCCUCCUUCAAGAUGCUGCUUGUGGGUGGUGAGCCAACGAAGGUGCAGUGGUUCAAAGAAGAGCAGGAUCUGCUGGACAACCCCAACGCCAAGAUGGAGAUCACGUCCUCCCACAGCCGCCUGCUCCUCAGGACCUGCCAGCGCAAAGACACCGGAGAAAUCAAGCUCAAGGUGAAGAACGACUACGGCAACACUGAGGCUGUCUCUAAGCUCAUUGUCCUUGACAAGCCCAGCCCUCCCCUGGGCCCGGUGGAGGUGGUGGAAAACUCAGCCUCCUGCAUUCAUAUAAAAUGGAGACCACCAAAGGACAACGGCGGCUCCCAGCUGCAGGGAUACGCCCUGGAGCGGCAGCAGGUGGGCCGCAACACCUGGACGAAGCUGGGCCAGGUCCCAUCCGCUGAAGCGGCCUACAAGGACUCCAGCGUGGAACACGGCAGGAAGUACUGCUACCGUGUCAGGGCUGUGAACGAGGAGGGCGUGAGCGAGCCACUGGAGACAGAGGACAUCAUGGCUGGUGUUAAGGCAUACCCUGGUCCACCUGCCCCUCCAAAAGUGGUCAGUGCCUUCAAUGACUGUAUUAAUCUAACCUGGACUGCUCCAACCAACACUGGAGGGUCUCAUAUCCUGGGCUACAAUCUGGAGAAACGCAAAAGGGGCAGUAACAUGUGGAGUCCUGUGAACCCGCAAGAUGAGCCUAUCCAAGGGAAGAAAUAUGCAGUGAAAGACGUCAUAGUGGGAAUGGUGUAUGAAUUCCGUGUGUCAGCGAUAAAUGUCUCUGGGGUGGGCGAGCCAAGCAUACCAUCUGAUUUUGUGACUGCCAGAGAUCCAAAGGAGCCGCCUGGCAAGGUCAUGGACCUGAAGGUGACUGAAUCCACCUACACCUCUUUGUCUCUGGCCUGGACUAAACCAACUGAGGAGGCAGGGGUGCAGGAUGAGGCCAAAGGGUACUUUGUGGAAAUUAGGCCAGCUGAGAGCCAGGACUGGAAUCGCUGCAACAUGAAUCCUGUAAUCAUGACCGCCUUCACUGUGAAGAGCCUCAAGUCCAUGGCUAUGUACUGGGUGAGGGUGAUCGCCACAAACGAGGGCGGAGAAGGGGUACCCCAAGAUCUGGACAACUACAUCACUGCCAUGCCCCCUCCCGUGAGACCAAAAUUCACAGAUGCCAAAAUGAAGAGUUUCAUGGUGGUAAGAGCAGGAAAUGCAGUGCGGAUCAAUGUCAACUUUGAGGCCUCCCCUUGGCCAGAUGUAGUUUGGCUGAAGGACAGUGUACCCAUCCAAAAACGGGUCACCAUUAGCAACACUGAGGGAAUGUCCCAGCUUCUGAUUCCCUCUUCAGAGCGCAGUGACACAGGGGUCUAUACCAUCAUCAUCAAAAACCUGGUUGGACAGGAAACCUUCAGUGUUGAGAUAAGAGUCACAGAUGACCCCAAGCCGCCGGGUCCAGUGGAGCUGGAGGAGAACGUUCCCGGGACGGUGACGGUGAAUUGGGAACCAUCCCCGGAUGAGAAGCGUGACGACCGGCUGCACUACAUGGUCUCCCAACGGGACUCCACCAAGCAAACCUGGAACACUGUGGCCGACCGGGCCUUCAACAACAAGUACACCGCCUGCAACAUCCUGCCCGGGCACGAGUACCACUUCCGCAUCUACGCCAAGAACGACAUGGGCAUGUCAGAGCCCUCCGAGUCUCCCACCUGGGGAACCACCCGGAAAAGAGAAAAAUUUGAGGUGAACACACCCGUGUUUAAACCCUGCAACUUGCAGAGCGUGCCCAAAUUCCUGGUGCCGCUGAAGAUGCACCUGGCUCCCAAGGGCUACGAGUGCUACAUGAGCUGUGCGGUGACCGGGAACCCACAGCCACACAUCACCUGGUACCACAACAACAUCAGCCUCAACACCAACACCAACUACUACAUCUCCAACACAUGUGGUGUGUGCUCCAUGCUCAUCCUCAGGGUGGGGCCCAAGGACCACGGCGAGUACACGGUCAUGGCUGAGAACUCGCUGGGGAGGUCAGAGUGCUCCACCAAACUCACCGUCCGAGAAUAAGAAGCACCAAGAAUACGAUAAGAUAUACUUUACUGAAUUUAUGCUCUAGAUUUAGCCCAUCCUAGUUACUUAGGAACAGUGAGCACAGUGCUGUAUCCUGGGGAUCAGCUCCAGUUCUGAGACCAGUGCAAUGGUCAAGGGCAACCGCAGGAGCACACCUAACCUGACGUGCAUGUCUUUGAGGGCUUGAGGAUGAUAUCAAGCCCUUAACUGAAGUUUUCCCAGGAUUCACCGUAUGCUUCACAUUGUGCUACCUUAUUGUGUAUAUUUUUGUUGUUACAAUGACAUUUUUUGUAGUUACAUGUUUCUAAAUCUCAGUAUACACUGCAAUGCCAUGGUCCGAUAAGCACAAAAAAAUGUAUUUGUUGGAUUUAAUUUAUUAGGUCUAGAUUAGCCCCAUUUUCCAGCUCUAUGUCAGAUGUGUAUGUAAUUAAAUGGCUGAAUGAAGCAAGCCAAUCACUGGUAACCUAGUAACUCAACAGCCCCCAUGAUGUUCAGAGAAAAAAACCUUGGGCUUAGACCGUGUUCCAGUGUUUUAAUCAACAAAGAAAGACGUUCCCUAGUGCACAUAUGCACCUCCAAGGCAAUUUAUUGAAAAUUAACCCUCCUAUUAUAUUUGGGGUCAAUUUGAGCCCAUUCAGUGUUUGACAUCUCUUAAAAGCCAGUUAACCCUUUUUUAUAUUGAUAGUAUAUGAUUUUUUUUAUUUUUUAUUUUUAUUUGCUGGGAUUAGAUAGUAAACAUGCAAUAAACAUAAUGCUAUGUGACAUCCUG